GGGGGUGUGCGUGCGUGUGUGAGUGUGUGUGUGUGAGUGAGAGGGUGUGUGUGUGUGCGUGUGUGCGCGCCUGUCGCCGGCUGCGCGGUUGGGGUCCAUCGCAGCGGAGCUCGGUCCGGUUCGGCAAUGGACGGCAUGGUCACUGAUGUUGCAGUUGGCGUGAAGAGAGGAUCUGACGAACUUCUUUCAGGCACUGUGCUCAGUAGCCCAAACUCUAACAUGAGCAGCAUGGUAGUUACUGCCAAUGGUAAUGACAAUAAGAAAUUCAAAGGUGAAGAUAAAAUGGAUGGCGCACCUUCCCGUGUACUGCAUAUCCGGAAACUACCCGGUGAAGUGACAGAAACUGAAGUGAUUGCUUUAGGCUUACCUUUUGGUAAGGUAACCAAUAUCCUUAUGUUGAAAGGAAAAAAUCAGGCAUUUUUGGAGCUCGCCACAGAAGAAGCCGCUAUUACUAUGGUGAAUUACUAUUCUGCCGUGACGCCUCACCUUCGUAACCAGCCCAUCUAUAUCCAGUACUCUAAUCACAAAGAACUCAAGACAGAUAAUACAUUAAACCAGCGCGCUCAAGCCGUUCUUCAGGCUGUCACGGCCGUGCAAACCGCAAAUACCCCACUCAGUGGUACCACAGUUAGCGAGAGCGCGGUAACUCCAGCCCAGAGUCCGGUAUUGAGAAUAAUUAUUGACAACAUGUACUACCCCGUGACUCUUGACGUUCUUCACCAGAUAUUUUCCAAAUUUGGUGCUGUAUUAAAAAUAAUCACAUUCACAAAAAACAACCAGUUUCAAGCUCUGCUGCAGUAUGGUGAUCCAGUAAAUGCCCAACAAGCAAAAUUAGCUCUGGAUGGUCAGAAUAUUUAUAAUGCUUGCUGUACCCUAAGGAUUGAUUUUUCCAAACUGGUGAAUUUGAACGUUAAGUACAACAAUGAUAAAAGUCGGGAUUAUACCCGACCGGAUCUUCCAUCUGGUGAUGGCCAGCCGGCUUUGGACCCAGCUAUCGCCGCAGCGUUUGCAAAGGAGACAUCUCUUCUAGGGCUUCCUGUUGCAGCUGUUCCAGGAGCUCUGAGUCCUCUGGCUAUCCCCAAUGCCGCGGCCGCAGCUGCAGCCGCCGCCCGCGUUGGUCUGCCCGGAGUCUCAGCUGGCGGAAACACGGUCCUGUUGGUUAGCAAUUUAAACGAAGAGAUGGUUACGCCCCAAAGUCUGUUUACCCUCUUCGGUGUUUAUGGGGAUGUGCAGCGUGUGAAGAUUUUGUACAAUAAGAAAGACAGUGCUCUUAUACAGAUGGCUGACGGGAACCAGUCGCAGCUUGCAAUGAACCAUCUUAAUGGCCAAAAAAUGUACGGAAAGAUUAUCCGCGUUACCCUCUCCAAGCAUCAGACGGUGCAGCUACCUCGGGAGGGACUCGAUGACCAAGGGCUCACUAAAGAUUUUGGUAACUCGCCUCUCCAUCGCUUCAAGAAGCCCGGUUCUAAGAACUUUCAGAAUAUAUUCCCCCCGUCUGCAACCCUUCACCUGUCUAAUAUUCCACCGGCAGUCGCCGAAGAAGAUUUACGCACGCUGUUUGCUAAUACUGGAGGCACUGUGAAAGCGUUUAAAUUUUUUCAAAGAGAUCACAAGAUGGCACUUCUUCAGAUGGCGACAGUGGAAGAAGCGAUCCAGGCCUUGAUUGAUCUUCACAAUUAUAACCUGGGAGAAAAUCAUCACCUGAGAGUUUCCUUCUCCAAAUCAACUAUUUAAAAAGGGAGGCGGUCGAGGGGGCAUCGUGUCGUUCAGUGUGUCAUCACCAAUUGACUGUUCGGAAGAGUGGGGACCAGAGUUUGAUUUGGGGGGUUUCUUUGGGUUUUUUUUUUUUCCAUGCUGUUAUCAUUCCUUGGUUAUAAUGAAACGAAGUGCAUACAUAAAGUGAGCAGAGGUAUAAACUGCUGUUUUUUUCACUUGUUCUGUAGAGAAGCCAUUUUCGUUCGUUUAAGAAAAGUUUCCAUUUAAUCCCACGUUGUCCUUGUUGCUGUUGUCGUUUUUCUUUUCAACUUAGUUGACAUACGUGCCUUAAAAAAAGGAAAACUAGUGUUGCUAACGUUGCAUUUACUAGAGAUAUUAAUUGGUUGUCUGGGGCACAUCGUUACAUGGGAAUUAAACUAUGAUUAGGCAGGGGUGUGUAAAAAGGUUAAGUUGUUCGUUUCUCCUGCUUGGAACUUAUUUUGGUUCAUUAUUGGCCCGUCACGUUCCUUUCUAUUUAAUCGGAUGAGAUACGUAGCAUUAAAAAGGAAACACGGCAUAUUUGAUUUCCAUUUCCUUUGGCUCGUUCUUUUGCAAACACAUUGGCCUUCUGUAUCUCCUGAUUCUGGUCUAGAUUCAGCUUUGAUGAAUGUAGGCAGUAGUAUAAAAUUAACAAGGUGCAGCGUAUUAAUUUCUUAAGACAACAAAGUAAUUUCUGUAAGUUUGAGCCCUGUGUGGAAAAGCAUUGUGGAAUCUUAACCUUUUUGUACACACUCUUGUGGGACGUAUCACAUAAAUGUCAGCACUAAGUAAUGUCUUGUUUGUGGCUGAAUAUUUUUCGUAGAUGUUUUUGAAGUUGACAUGACUUAUGUGCAUUUAACUAUAUAUUGCCAUCUUUAGUUUGUAAUUAAGAUUUGGAAUAUGGUUGUGGAUUUCUGAGCAUGUGCAGACUGGUCUAGCUAGUUCAGGAACUGGUGCAUGUAUUUUUCAAAGACAAAGAAAGUGUACUGCAGACACUUGCAGGAAGGUUAAUUUUGUGGCAGUUUUCCAAAACUGACAACCAGGUGGGACCAAAGUUUAUGUGCCUUUAGUCUUAAUUUACCUUGCAUUGUAAUAUUCAGUUUUAAUAAAUCUUCAAAAUAUUUUGUAUUUAGGAAUAGAUCUGACUUUACUAGAAACAUGGCUCAGAAUCUCCAGGUCAAAAUUAAUUUGAGAACAGUUCUUGUCGAUCCGAAUUGUUGAUUCUGUUCAGAUGACCAACACUUUUUGAAAUUGAUGUACUUAGUUUCAAGAUUCAUAGAUUCUGUUAAUCUAUGUAGACAAAAUGGUCAUGUAUAUUUUCUAUUAGUUGAGUUUUUACAUCUUUAGAAAUGUAAAAUUCAGUAUAGUUUGGAAGCGGCACAAUUAAAAAUUAAUUUUCUAACAAAGUUGGGAGGUUUGACGGUCGUUUAAUUUCAUUCUGUGUGUAUUCUGCUUACCUCUGUAGCAUGCUCAAUAAACACUUCUGUAGCUCUGUAUUCA